AUGAUUCGUGAUCGGGAAAAAAAGAAAAAAUCUACGCUUGUAGAAGGUAAAGUUCGGUAUUACGGGUCAAUCCUAACCAAUAGGUAGCAGAGGGGAAGAAGCACUACACCUAGAAAUUAACAACAGAAAAACUUUGUUAUUUUAAUUAUAAAAAAAAUUAUCCCCUUUCUUUCGCAAGCUUGGGACUAAAAGAAUGGUUGGGACAACAAACAUCCAUCUCGUUUGUAUUUUGGAUACCCGUAUAACCAUCGAAGGCUGUUGAAGUGACUAAUUCCUGGACAUUGGGAAGCGUUGAGAACAAAGAAAUUGUUGGAGUUAUCUUUUCUCUCUAGUAACAAUACGUUUAAUGUUAAGAAAAGAUCUCUUGCAGGAAGGUUGGCUAGAGAUUUCUUGUAAAAACACUAGCCCUACUUAGUUCAUAAUGAGAAGAUUUUCAUCUUAUUUAUAAUUUUAUCAUUAUGCACAUAAGGGAGGAGCCGUAUGAGAUGAAAAUCUCAUGUACGGUUCUGUAACGGAGAUUCUGUGAAUUGAAUGACGACCGUAACGGAUGUCAGCUCAAUCCGAAGGGAAUUAUGCGGAAGCUUUACAGAAUUAUUAUGAAGCUAUGCGACUAGAAAUUGAUCCCUAUGACCGAAGUUAUAUACUGUAUAACAUAGGACUUAUCCACACAAGUAACGGA